UAUUGGUUUUAAAGUGUUGUCCAAACAAAUGAUAUAAUAUUUUAUCAUAUGUUUGACAAUCACUGUCUGAUUGUGAUAUACCAUCACUGAUGGAUCCAUUCAAACCACGGCUAAUAUUAAGUGGUAUUCAUUGUAUGAGUUGAGUCAUGCGCUGGCAAUACAUUUCAAGACAAUAUACUAAUUAAUCCAAAGGUCUUGAAAGCCAUAAAUAGACUAAAAGUUUGAUAAGUUAUUCAAGUCUUGCUUUUUAUGUCUAUAUUUAUCUUUAACUUCAAUAACAAAAUAAAAAUAUCAGACUUUGUGUGAUAUAUUGAUCGGUCUUUGCUUGAUAUGAAUGUCAAUGGAAGUGAAGACAAAAGAAAACAGCUCUCAGAUGUCAUCUGAAGAUUGCAAUCAAUGUCACAACGAGUGGUCUCAAGAAUCGUCUAACGGAUCAAAUGAUGACAAAACAAAAAAUGACAGUAAUUUUGAGAUCUCAUCCAACGCUUGUACUAAGUAUUGGAAUUACUUUACUAAAGAUUUGGAAGAAGAGGACAUUGUAAUGAUAUCGUUGUAUAACAACGUCGAUAAUGUCCUACAAUCGGGUCCCAAAUGUGGUUUAGUGGCACUAUUGAUGUGUCAGUCAUUGGUAUUAAAUCAUAACUCAUACCUAACUCAAGAAGAUUUGUUUGAAUCGGCAAAACAAAUGGGUUUCAGCAAAACGGGUGAAAUGUUUUCGGUUGAAAAUAUGGCGAAACUAACGCAUAGGCUAUUAUCAGUAGAGACUGAGAUCAAAGUCAACUUAAAUGAGAGGAUCAAUGAAUUAGUGUCACAUUUAGCAAAAGGAUUGCCAGUUCUGGUACCUUAUGAUUCCGAUGCCAACCACGAGCCGACUCUUUUGGGCGGUCAGAGAGCGCACUGGGCUAUCAUACUAGGCUUUUGCAUAAUUGUUAAUAAAAGUAAUAUAAAUAACAUUGAUUUAUGUGGUAUUAGAGACCAAUACAAUCACCAAUUAUAUCAUUUAAAACCUAAGCACUUAUUAACGAAAUGUGUUUUGGAUAUCAUUGAUAAUAGAAAGUAUAAAAAAAUUUUGGUUUAUGCAAAACAAGGGAAAAGUAAAUAUUUGCAUAUUUGGAGUUUUAAUCGUUUGUGUCAAAGUAAUUGUAAUUUAGUUAAAACUAGUCUUAAACUAAAUAAAUCUGAUAUUGUAUUACCAGAAAAUGGUGGUAUAAUUAAAGGUUUAAAUAAUCAAUGUUUGUUUGUAACAAAAAAUGCUAUUGUUGAUAGUAGACAAUAG